AUGCCGAUCAAUAUAUACGAUCUUCAAUGUCCACUAAAAAAUGAUCUUUCCAAGAUCUCCCUGCACCUCCGCUCCCUGGCGCGUUGGUUCUGCAUAUCCGUCGUGCCGGCGGCCUCAGUGGAGGGCCGCCGGAAAGGGAAGACAAGAAUUGCGGAGGAGGUAAGUUCCACCGCCGAGAUGCUCCGAGGGAAGGCAGGAAUGGGUAGGGGCGGCACCGAGAAGCCAUCCAAGGAAGAGGUCGUUGACCUAGAGAUCAAACUGCCUGCCGACUGGGAGAGCGGGCUCGACCUGCCAUCUGACAAGACGUUCUUGACUCCUCAUCACCACCAGGCCACCCAAGAAGGCCACCAGGACCUCAACCUGCCUCCCACGGCAUCCACCGCCGAUGCCGUCACCACCACCUAUGCGUUCUACACUCUCGACAUGGUCCGCAACGCCCUUGAGCGUGCUGCCGCUGCUCGUUCCGCCACCUCACUGGACACGUCAUCCUCCUUGUUGGCAUCCACCUCAUCCUCGUCCUCCUUUCUGGGAAAGCGCAAUUGCUCGCCACCUUCAAGAAUGGCACCACCGGUCGCGAACCCGGCUAUCCGCACGUACGCGUGCCCGUCCUGCUUCACACAUGUGCUCAUCAUCGAGGCCGAACCGUGGUGCCCACGGUGCGGAUCGAAGGAUCCGCCGUUCCCCAGUAUUCCCAUCGCCCACAAUAGCUGGAAGAAGCCCAAGAUUGAUCUGAAUGCUGACGCCGAUGAGACCGAAUGA